AGCUCCGCCGCGGGGACUGCACCGCCCGCCCUGCCGGACCCGCCCCGACCGGGACUCGCCGCCCGCAGCAGCCGCAGCACCGCGACCUCGGGCCCUGCGCUGGCUAUGGCUGUGCCCUGGGGCUGAGCGCGCAGGCUGUGUGACCGAGAUUCCCAAGAGAGAGACACUCCGAGAAGAGGAGAGGAAAGAGGGGCGGGCUUCUGGCAAGGCAUCCGCUCCUGAACCAAGUCCUGCCAAGAUGGAGAAGGAGGAAGAGACGACCCGGGAGCUGCUGCUGCCCAACUGGCAGGGCAGCGGCUCCCACGGGCUGACCAUCACCCAGAGGGACGAUGGCGUCUUUGUGCAGGAGGUGAUGCAGAACUCCCCUGCGGCCCGCACUGGGGUGGUCAAGGAGGGGGACCAGAUCGUGGGUGCUACCAUCUACUUUGACAACCUGCAGUCCGGAGAGGUGGCCCAGCUGCUGAGCACCGUGGGGCACCACGCCGUGGGCCUGAAGCUGCAUCGCAAGGGGGACCGUUCCCCUGAGCCCGGCCAGACCCGGACCUACGAUGUCUUCAGCUCCCACAGCCCUGACGUGGUUCUGAGCGGGGAUGACGAGGAGUACCAGCGCAUCUACACCACGAAGAUCAAGCCUCGGCUGAAGCCGGAGGAUGGAGUGGAAGGGGAGCCUGGGGAGACCCAGAGCCGCACCAUCACGGUGACUAGGAGGGUCACAGCCUACACUGUGGACGUGACAAGCCGCGAAGGAGCCAAGGACAUCGACAUCAGCAGCCCUGAGUUCAAGAUCAAGAUUCCACGGCACGAACUGACUGAAAUCUCCACCGUGGAUGUGGACACCCAGCCUGGGAAGACAGUGAUCAGACUGCCCUCGGGCUCGGGGGCACUGUCCCCCACCACAGGCUCCACUGUGGACAUCCAAGCAGGGUCCAUUUCCACUUCAGGACCAGAGCUCCAAGGUGCUGGCCACUCGAAGGUCCAGGUCACCGGGCCUGGGAUAAAGGUGGGAAGCCCGGGUGUCAGUGUCAGUGCAAAGGGCUUGGACUUAGGUAGCAAAGGAGGGGUCCAAGUCCCAGGGGUGGACGUUCUGUCUUCUCUUGGGGGUGGGGCAGCAGAGUGGCAGGGCCCAGCUCUUGAGAGUGGCAACGAUGGGAAAAUUAAAUUUCCCUCCAUGAAGCUCCCAAAAUUUGGUGUCUCAACAGGGCUUGAGGGUCAGGCCCCAGAGGCAGGGUUGAGUGUUUCUGCCCCUGAAUUCUCUGUGGGGCACAAGGGUGGCAAGCCAGGCUUGACCAUUGGCGGGAACAUCCAGACCCCUCAGCUAGAAGUCAGUGGUCCCUCUGCCAGUAUUAAGGGGCUUGAGGGGAAGCUGAAGGGCCCCCAGAUCACUGGGCCAUCCCUUGAGGGUGACCUGGGCCUGAAAGGUACCAAGCCACAGGGGAGUUCAAGGGUGGACAUCUCUGUGCCCAAAAUUGAGGGCAGCAUCGCUGGCUCCAGGGUGGAAGUUCAAACUCCUAACAUUGAUAUUCACGGGCCAGGGGGCAAACUGAAUAUGCCCAAGGUGAAGGCCCCCAAAUUCUCUGUAUCAGGUUCUAAGGGAGAGGGAGCUGGCAUUGAUGUGACACUUCCUGGGGUCUCUGGGGAUGUUGGCCUACCUGAGGUUGCUUCUGGGGGACUGGAAGGGAAGGUGAAAGGUCCUAAAAUCAAGACUCCUGAAGUGAUUGUUCAGACACCUAAAAUCUCCAUGCAGGAUGUGGAUCUGAGCCUCAGGUCCCCUAAACUGAAAGGAGACAUUAAGGUUUCUGCUCCUGGGCUUCAAGGUGAUGUUAAAGGCCCUCAAGUGGCAGUUAAAGGCGCCAAAGUGGACACAGAGACACCCAGCCUAGAGGGGACCGUGACUGGCCCCAAGUUUAGUGGUCCUUCUGGGAAAGAAGGAACCUGCAAGAUCUCUAUGGCAGACGUAGACUUAAAUGUUCCCACACCAAAGGUGAAAGGGGGUGUGGAUGUCACGCUUCCAAAAGUAGAGGGGAAAGUCAGUGUCCCUGAAGUUGAUGUCAGAGGCCCCAAAGUGGACGUCAGUGCCCCAGAUGUGGACAUUCAUGGUCCGGACUGGAACCUGAAAAUGCCCAAGAUGAAAAUGCCCAAGUUCAGCACUCCAGGACUUAAAGGGGAAGGGCCAGAUGUAGAUGUGAAUCUCCCCAAAGGUGAUGUCAGUAUUUCAGGGCCCAAGGUCAGUGUGGAAGCCCCAAAGGUCAACAUAGGGGGCCUGGUGGGCAACCUUAAAGGUCCUGAUGUUCAGCUGCCUGAAGUGAGUGUCAAGACACCAAAGAUCACCAUGCCUGAUGUGGAUUUGCAUGUGAAAGGCCCAAAGGUAAAAGGACAGUAUGAUGUAACAGCAACAAAACUUGAAGGAGAGAUGAGAGGCCCCAAAGUGGACAUUGAUGCCCCUAAUGUGGACGUUCAUGGCCCAGACUGGCACCUGAAGAUGCCCAAGGUGAAAAUGCCCAAAUUCACUGUGCCAGGGUUCAAAGCAGAGGGCCCCGAAGUGAAUGUAAACCUGCCUGAGCCUGAUGUGGACAUUUCUGGGCCCAAGGUAGAUGUCUGUGCUCCAGAUGUGAGUAUUGAGGGACCAGAGGGGAAAUUGAAAGGACCCAAGUUUAAGAUGCCUGAGAUGAAUAUCAAAGCCCCGAAGAUCUCCAUACCAGACGUGGACUUACAUUUGAAAGGCCCUAGUGUAAAAGGAGAAUAUGAUGUCACAGUGCCGAAGGUGGAAGGUGAGAUUAAAGUUCCUGAUGUUGAACUUAAAAGUGCCAAACUGGACAUUGAUGCUCCAGAUGUGGACAUUCAAGGCCCAGACUGGCACCUGAAGAUGCCCAAAAUGAAAAUGCCCAAGUUCAGCAUGCCCGGCCUCAAAGCAGAGGUCCCAGAAGUGGAUGUGAACCUGCCCAAGACUGACAUUGACAUCGCUGGACCCAAGGUGGAUGUUGAACUUCCAGAUGUGAAUAUUGAAGGACCUGAAGGAAAGCUGAAGGGUCCCAAGUUUAAGAUGCCUGAGGUGAAUAUCAAGGCCCCCAAGAUCUCCAUGCCUGAUGUAGAUUUGCAUAUGAAAGGUCCCAAGGUAAAAGGGGAAUAUGAUGUUACAGUGCCAAAGCUGGAAGGGGACCUGAAGGGGCCAAAGGUAGACGUCAGUGCCCCAGAUGUUGGAGUUCACAGUCCUGAUUGGAACCUAAAGAUGCCAAAGAUGAAAAUGCCCAGAUUCACCAGGCCCAGCCUUAAAGGAGAGGGCCCAGAAUUGGAUGUGAACCUGCCCAAGGCUGAUGUUGACAUUUCUGCACACAAGGUAGAUAUUAGUGCUCCAGAUCUGAGCCUUGAAGGACCAGAAGGGAAGUUGAAAGGCCCUAAGUUUAAGAUGCCUGAGAUGCACUUCAAAGCUCCCAAGAUGACCCUGCCAGAUGUUGACAUGGAUUUUAAAGGACCCAAAAUGAAAGGGAAUCUAGAUAUGUCUGCACCAAAAAUAGAAGGUGAGAUGAAAGCUCCACAUGGGGACAUCAAAGGUCCCAAAGUAGAUGUUAAAGCACCAGAUGUGGAAGUUCAGGAUGCAGACUGGAGUCUGAAAAUGCCCAAGAUGAAAAUGCCUAAAUUCAGCAUGCCAGGCUUCAAAGGCGAGGGCCCAGAUGUGGACAUGAAACAGCCCAAGGCUGACAUUGAUGUCUCAGGACCCAAGGUGGACAUUGAAGCCCCAGAUGUGAGCCUGGAGGGGCCGGAAGGAAAGCUUAAGGGUUCCAAGUUUAAGAUGCCUGAGAUGCACUUCAAGGCCCCCAAGAUCUCCAUGUCUGAUGUGGACUUACACUUGAAAGGCCCCAAAGUCAAAGGGGAUGUGGAUGUGUCUGUGCCCAAGAUAGAAGGUGAAAUGAAAGUGCCAGAUGUGGACAUUAAAGGCCCCAGAGUGGAUGUUGAUGUCCCAGAUGUGGAUGUUCAAGGCCCUGAUUGGCACCUGAAGAUGCCCAAGAUGAAAAUGCCCAAGUUCAGCAUGCCUGGCUUCAAAGGAGAGGGCCCUGAAGUGGACGUGAACCCACCCAAGGCUGACAUUGAUGUCUCAGGACCCAAGGUGGAUGUUGAAGUUCCAAAUGUGAAUAUUGAAGGUCCAGAUGCAAAACUAAAAGGUCCUAAAUUUAAGUUGCCAGAAAUGAAUAUAAAGCCUCAGAAGAUAUCCAUGCCUGAUGUUAGUCUGCAUCUGAAAGGCCAUAAAAUGAAAGGAGAUUAUGAUGUUACGGUUCCAAACGUAGAAGGAGAGAUUAAAGCUCCUGACAUUGACACCGAAGGUACAAAAGUAGACAUUAAUGCACCAGAUGUGGGAGUUCAUGGUCCAGACUGGCACCUGAAGAUGCCCAAGAUAAAAAUGCCCAAGAUCAGCAUGCCUGGCUUCAGAGGAGAGGGCCCAGAAGUGGAUGUGAACCUGCCCAAGGCUGACAUUGACGUCUCAGGACCCAAGGUGGACAUUGAAACCCCAGAUGUGAGCCUGGAGGGGCCAGAAGGAAAGCUUAAGGGUCCCAAGUUUAAGAUGCCUGAGAUGCACUUCAAGGGCCCCAAGAUCUCCAUGCCUGAUGUGGACUUAAACUUGAAAGGCCCCAAAGUCAAAGGGGAUGUGGAUGUGUCGGUGCCCAAGAUAGAAGGUGAAAUGAAAGUGCCCGAUGUGGACAUUAAAGGCCCCAAAGUGGACGUUGAUCUCCCAGAUGUUGAUGUUCAAGGCCCCGACUGGCACCUGAAGAUGCCCAAGAUGAAAAUGCCCAAAUUCAGCAUGCCUGGCUUCAGAGGCGAGGGCCCUGAAAUGGAUGUGAACCUGCCCAAAGCUGACAUAGACGUCUCAGGACCCAAGGUGGACAUUGAAACCCCAGAUGUGAGCCUGGAGGGGCCAGAAGGAAAGCUUAAGGGUCCCAAGUUUAAGAUGCCUGAGAUGCACUUCAAGGGCCCCAAGAUCUCCAUGCCUGAUGUGGACUUAAACUUGAAAGGCCCCAAAGUCAAAGGGGAUGUGGAUGUGUCGGUGCCCAAGAUAGAAGGUGAAAUGAAAGUGCCCGAUGUGGACAUUAAAGGCCCCAAAGUGGACGUUGAUCUCCCAGAUGUUGAUGUUCAAGGCCCCGACUGGCACCUGAAGAUGCCCAAGAUGAAAAUGCCCAAAUUCAGCAUGCCUGGCUUCAGAGGCGAGGGCCCUGAAAUGGAUGUGAACCUGCCCAAAGCUGACAUAGACGUCUCAGGACCCAAGGUGGACAUUGAAACCCCAGAUGUGAGCCUGGAGGGGCCAGAAGGAAAGCUUAAGGGUCCCAAGUUUAAGAUGCCUGAGAUGCACUUCAAGGCCCCCAAGAUCUCCAUGCCUGAUGUAGACUUAAACUUGAAAGGCCCCAAAGUCAAAGGGGAUGUGGAUGUGUCGGUGCCCAAGAUAGAAGGUGAAGUCUCAGGACCCAAGGUGGACAUUGAAACCCCAGAUGUGAGCCUGGAGGGGCCAGAAGGAAAGCUUAAGGGUCCCAAGUUUAAGAUGCCUGAGAUGCACUUCAAGGCCCCCAAGAUCUCCAUGCCUGAUGUAGACUUACACUUGAAAGGCCCCAAAGUCAAAGGGGAUGUGGAUGUGUCUGUGCCCAAGAUAGAAGGUGAAAUGAAUGUGCCAGAUGUGGACAUCAGAAGCCCCAGAGUGGAUGUUGAUGUCCCAGAUGUGGAUGUUCAAGGCCCUGAUUGGCACCUGAAGAUGCCCAAGAUGAAAAUGCCCAAGUUCAGCAUGCCUGGCUUCAAAGGAGAAGGCCCGGAAGUGGAUAUGAAUCUGCCCAAAGCUGACAUUGAUGUGUCAGGACCCAAGGUGGACAUUGAAGGCCCUGAUGUUAAUAUUGAAGGACCAGAGGGAAAGUUGAAAGGUCCUAAGUUCAAGAUGCCAGAGAUGAACAUCAAAGCCCCCAAGAUCUCCAUGCCUGACUUUGAUUUGCACCUGAAAGGUCCUAAGGUGAAAGGAGAUGUGGAUGUUUCUGUGCCUAAGGUGGAAAGUGACCUAAAGGCCCCUGAAGUUGACGUCAAAGGCCCCAAAGUGGAUAUUGAUGUUCCAGAUGUGGACGUUCACGGGCCAGAAGGAAAGUUGAAGGGUCCUAAGUUCAAGAUGCCAGAGAUGAACAUCAAAGCCCCCAAGAUCUCCAUGCCUGACUUUGAUUUGCACCUGAAAGGUCCUAAGGUGAAAGGAGAUGUGGAUGUUUCUGUGCCUAAGGUGGAAGGUGACCUCAAGGGCCCCGAAGUGGACAUUGAAGGCCCUGAUGUUAAUAUUGAAGGACCAGAGGGAAAGUUGAAAGGUCCUAAGUUCAAGAUGCCAGAGAUGAACAUCAAAGCCCCCAAGAUCUCCAUGCCUGACUUUGAUUUGCACCUGAAAGGUCCUAAGGUGAAAGGAGAUGUGGAUGUUUCUGUGCCUAAAGUGGAAGGUGACCUCAAGGGCCCCGAAGUUGACGUCAAAGGCCCCAAAGUGGACAUUGAUGUCCCUGAUGUGGAUGUUCAAGGCCCAGACUGGCACAUGAAGAUGCCUAAGAUGAAAAUGCCCAAGUUCAGCAUGCCUGGCUUCAAAGGAGAAGGCCCAGAAGUGGAUGUGAACCUGCCCAAAGCUGACAUUGAUGUGUCAGGACCCAAGGUGGACAUUGAAGGCCCUGAUGUUAAUAUUGAAGGACCAGAGGGAAAGUUGAAAGGUCCUAAGUUCAAGAUGCCAGAGAUGAACAUCAAAGCCCCCAAGAUCUCCAUGCCUGACAUUGAUUUUAAUCUGAAGGGCCCCAAAGUGAAGGGUGAUGUGGAUGUGUCUUUACCAAAAGUGGAAGGUGAGCUUAAAGUUCCUGAAGUUGACAUGAAAGGCCCCAAUGUGGACAUUGAUGCUCCAGAUGUGGACGUUCAUGGCCCAGACUGGCACCUGAAGAUGCCCAAGAUAAAAAUGCCCAAGAUCAGCAUGCCUGGCUUCAGAGGAGAGGGCCCAGAAGUGGAUGUGAACCUGCCCAAGGCUGACAUAGACGUCUCAGGACCCAAGGUGGACAUUGAUGCCCCAAAUGUGAAUAUUGAAGGUCCAGAUGCGAAACUGAAGGGUCCCAAGUUCAAGAUGCCAGAGAUGAAUAUCAAAACUCCUAAGAUAUCAAUGCCAGAUUUGGACCUUGAUCUUAAAGGCCCUAAAAUGAAAGGAGAGGUGGAUAUUUCACUUCCAAAUGUAGAAGGUGAUUUGAAAGGGCCUUCUCUUGACAUCAAAGGCCCGAAGAUAGAUGUAGAUGCACCAGAUAUUGAUAUUCAUGGCCCAGAAGGCAAAUUAAAAGGUCCAAAGCUGAAGAUGCCUGAUGUGCAUGUAAACAUGCCCAAGAUCUCCAUGCCAGAAAUUGACCUGAAUUUGAAAGGCUCAAAACUUAAGGGAGAUGUUGAUGUUUCUGGACCCAAAUUGGAAGGUGACAUUAAAGCUCCCAAGUUAGAUGUAAAGGGCCCAGAAGUGGACAUUUCUGGUCCUAAGCUCAAUAUUGAAGGCAAGUCAAAGAAAUCUCGUUUUAAGCUUCCCAAAUUUAAUUUUUCAGGCUCCAAAGUUCAGACACCUGAGGUAGAUGUCAAAGUCAAAAAGCCAGAUAUUGACGUAACAGGUCCAAAAGUUGACAUUAAUGCUCCCGAUAUUGAGGUCCAAGGAAAAGUGAAAGGAUCCAAGUUCAAAAUGCCUUUCUUGAGUAUUUCGUCUCCUAAAGUGUCUAUGCCUGAUGUGGAGUUAAACCUGAAAGGUCCUAAAGUCAAAGGAGACUUAGAUGUUGCAGGUCCUAAUUUAGAAGGUGAUUUUAAAGGACCCAAAGUGGACAUUAAGGCACCAGAAGUUCAUCUUGAUGCACCUGAUGUGGAUGUUCAUGGUCCAGACUGGAAUUUGAAAAUGCCCAAGAUGAAAAUGCCCAAGUUCAGUGUGCCCGGCUUAAAAGCAGAAGGGCCAGAUAUGGCUGUGGAUCUGCCAAAAGGAGACAUCAACAUAGAGGGUCCCAGAAUGGACAUUGAGGGCCCAGAAAUCAAUGUGGAAGGUCUAGAGGGAGGCUUAAAAGGUCCCAAAUUCAAGAUGCCUGAUAUGAAUAUCAAAGCUCCCAAGGUCUCCAUGCCUGAUGUGGACUUACACUUGAAAGGCCCCAAAGUCAAAGGGGAUGUGGAUGUGUCGGUGCCCAAGAUAGAAGGUGAAAUGAACGUGCCAGGUGUGGACAUCAGAGGGCCCAAAGUGGACGUUGAUGUCCCAGAUGUGGAUGUUCAAGGCCCCGACUGGCACCUGAAGAUGCCCAAGGUGAAAAUGCCCAAGUUCAGCAUGCCUGGCUUCAAAGGAGAGGGCCCCGAAGUGGAUGUGAACCUGCCCAAAGCUGACAUUGGUAUUUCUGGCCCCAAAGUGGACAUUGAUGCCCCAGAUGUGAAUAUUGAAGGUCCAGAUGCGAAACUGAAGGGCCCCAAAUUCAAGAUGCCAGAGAUGAACAUCAAAGCUCCCAAAAUGUCCAUGCCUGACCUUGACUUUAACCUGAAGGGCCCCAAACUAAAGGGUGAUGUGGAUGUGUCUUUGCCAAAAGUGGAAGGUGACCUCAAGGCCCCUGAGGUGGACAUCAAGGGCCCCAAAGUGGACAUUGAAACUCCUGAUAUUAACAUUGAAGGCCCAGAGGGGAAAUUGAAGGGGCCCAAAUUCAAGAUGCCAGAGAUGCACCUGAAGGCGCCCAAGAUCUCCAUGCCUAACAUUGACUUAAACCUGAAGGGGCCCAAGGUGAAGGGUGAUAUAGAUGUUACCCUUCCCAAGACUGAAGGAGAUCUGAAAGGCCCUGAGAUCGACAUCAAAAGUCCCAAAGUGGAUAUUGAUGCUCCAGAUGUGGAUGUUCAAGGCCCAGACUGGCACCUGAAGAUGCCCAAGAUAAAAAUGCCCAAGAUCAGCAUGCCCGGCUUCAAAGGAGAGGGGCCUGAAGUGGAUGUGAACCUGCCCAAGACCAACAUUGACAUGUCAGGACCCAAGGUGGACAUUGAAGGCCCUGAUGUUAACAUUGAAGGACCUGAGGGAAAGUUGAAAGGUCCUAAGUUCAAGAUGCCAGAGAUGAACAUCAAAGCCCCCAAGAUCUCCAUGCCUGACUUUGAUUUGCACCUGAAAGGUCCUAAGGUGAAGGGAGAUGUGGAUGUUUCUGUGCCUAAGGUGGAAGGUGACCUAAAGGCCCCUGAAGUUGACAUCAGAGGUCCCAAAGUGGACAUUGAUGCUCCAGAUGUGGACGUUCAUGGCCCAGACUGGCACCUGAAGAUGCCCAAGAUAAAAAUGCCCAAGAUCAGCAUGCCUGGCUUCAAGGGAGAGGGGCCUGAAGUGGAUGUGAACCUGCCCAAGGCCGACAUUGAUGUCUCAGGACCCAAGGUGGACAUAGACACUCCUGACAUUGAUGUUCAUGGUCCAGAAGGGAAACUGAAGGGCCCCAAGUUUAAAAUGCCUGACCUGCACCUCAAGGCACCCAAGAUCUCCAUGCCUAACGUUGACCUGAAUCUGGAGGGCCCCAACGUAAAGGGUGAUGUGGGUGUUACUCUGCCCAAAGUUGAAGGUGACCUCAAGAGCCCUGAAGUUGACGUCAGAGGUCCCAAAGUGGACAUCGAUGUCCCAGAUGUGGAUGUGCAUGGCCCAGACUGGCACCUGAAGAUGCCUAAGGUGAAAAUGCCCAAGAUCAGCAUGCCUGGCUUCAAAGGAGAGGGCCCAGAAGUGGAUGUGAACCUGCCUAAAGCUGACAUUGAUGUGUCAGGACCCAAGGUUGACAUUGAUGUUCCAGACGUGAAUACAGAAGGUCCAGAUGCAAAACUGAAGGGCCCCAAGUUCAAGAUGCCAGAGGUGAACAUCAAAGCCCCUAAGAUCUCCAUGCCUGGCAUUGACUUAAACCUGAAAGGACCCAAAGUAAAGGGAGAUGUGGAUGUUUCUCUGCCUAAGGUGGAAGGUGACCUCAAGGGCCCCGAAGUUGACGUCAAGGGCCCCAGAGUGGACAUUGAUGUUCCAGAUGUGGACGUUCAUGGCCCAGACUGGCAUCUGAAGAUGCCUAAGGUGAAAAUGCCCAAGUUCAGCAUGCCUGGUUUCAAAGGAGAGGGCCCUGAAGUGGAUGUGAACCUGCCUAAGGCUGACAUUGACGUCUCAGGACCCAAGGUGGACGUUGAUGUUCCAGAUGUAAAUAUUGAAGGUCCAGAUGCAAAACUGAAGGGCCCUAAAUUCAAGAUGCCAGAGAUGAACAUAAAAGCCCCUAAAAUCUCCAUGCCUGACCUUGACUUUAACCUGAAGGGCCCCAAAAUGAAGGGUGAUGUUGAUAUCUCUCUGCCCAAAGUUGAGGGUGAUCUCAAGUCCCCUGAGGUGGACAUCAAGAGCCCCAAACUGGACACUGACACUCCUGAUAUCAAUAUUGAAGGUCCAGAUGGAAAACUGAAGGGGCCUAAAUUUAAGAUGCCAGAGAUGAACAUUAAAGCCCCCAAGAUCUCCAUGCCUGACUUUGACUUAAGUCUGAAAGGGCCAAAGGUAAAGGGGGAUGUGGACUUUUCACUGCCUAAGGUAGAAGGUGAUCUGAAAGGGCCAGAGGUGGACAUUGAAGGUCCUGAAGGGAAACUCAAAGGACCCAAAUUUAAGAUGCCUGAUGUCCAUUUUAAAACCCCACAAAUCUCCAUGAGUGACAUUGAUUUGAACUUGAAAGGACCUAAGAUAAAAGGAGAUUUGGACACUUCCAUCCCUAAACUGGAAGGAGAUCUGAAAGGCCCCAAAAUAGAUGUUAAAGGCCCUACGCUGGACAUAGACACUCCUGAUUUUGACAUUAAUGGUCCAGACGGGAAACUGAAGGGCCCCAAGUUUAAAAUGCCUGACCUGCAUCUCAAGGCGCCCAGGAUCGGUGUGCCUGGCUUCAAAGGAGAGGGCCCCGAAGUGGAUGUGACCCUGCCCAAGGCUGACAUUGACGUCUCAGGACCCAAGGUGGACAUUGAUGUUCCAGAUGUGGAUAUUGAAGGUCCAGAUGCGAAACUGAAGGGCCCCAAGUUCAAGAUGCCAGAGGUGAACAUCAAAGCCCCUAAGAUCCCCAUGCCUGGCAUUGACUUAAACCUGAAAGGACCCAAAGUAAAGGGAGAUGUGGAUGUUUCUCUGCCUAAGAUGGAAGGUGACCUCAAGGGCCCCGAAGUUGAUGUCAAGGGCCCCAAAGUGGACAUUGAUGUUCCAGAUGUGGACGUUCAUGGCCCAGACUGGCACCUGAAGAUGCCUAAGGUGAAAAUGCCCAAGUUCAGCAUGCCUGGCUUCAAAGGAGAGGGCCCUGAAGUGGAUGUGAACCUGCCUAAGGCUGACAUUGACGUUUCAGGACCCAAGGUGGACAUUGAUGUUCCAGAUGUGGAUAUUGAAGGUCCAGAUGCGAAACUGAAAGGCCCCAAGUUCAAGAUGCCGGAGAUGAACAUCAAAGCUCCCAAAAUCUCCGUGCCUGAUGUCGACCUGGAUUUGAAAGGAUCCACAGGCAAAGGAGAUUUCGAUGUGUCUGUCCCUAAGAUUGAAGGGACUUUCAAAGGCCCCAAAGUAGACCUUAAAGGUCCAGGUCUGGAUCUUGAAGGCCCUGAUGCCAAACUCAGUGGCCCAUAUUUGAAGAUGCCCUCACUGGAUAUAUCUGCCCCUAAAGUAACUGCGCCUGAUACUGAUUUGCAUCUCAAGGCACCCAAAAUUGGAGUUUCUGGUCCCAAAUUAGAAGGCGGUGAACUGGACCUCAAGGGACCCAAAGUUGAUUUCGAAGCUCCAAGCUUAGAUGUACACGUGGAGAGCCCAGAUAUUAACACUGAGGGGCCAGAUGUGAAAAUUCCCAAAUUUAAGAAGCCCAAGUUUGGGUUUGGGGCCAAAAGCCCCAAAGCUGACUUCAAAUCACCUUCCCUCGAUGUGACAGUUCCUGAGGCAGAGCUGAAUGUUGAGGCUCCUGAAAUUGGUGUUGGUGGCAAGGGCAAGAAGAGUAAGUUUAAAAUACCUAAAAUUCACAUGAGUGGUCCUAAAAUUAAGGCCAAAAAACAAGGAUUUGAUGUGAAUGCUCCUGGGGGUGAGAUUGAUGCCAGCCUCAAGUCUCCUGAUGCAGAUGUCAACGUUGCAGGGCCGGAUGCCUCACUUAAAGUCGACGCGAAAUCUCCCAAGACCAAGAAACCUAUGUUUGGAAAAAUGUACUUUCCAGAUGUCGAAUUUGACAUUAAGUCACCUAAAUUUAAAGCGGAAGCUUCCCUCCCUGGCCCCAAAAUGGGGGGUGAAAUCCAGGCACCUGACCUGGAUGUUUCCUCACCAGAGAUUAACGUGGAAGGUCCUGACAUCAAGCUGAAAGCUCCCAAGUUCAAGGUGCCAGGUGUGGAUGUCUCAGGGCCAAAAAUAGAGGGCGACUUGAAAGGCCCCAGGGUGCAGGCGAACUUGGAUGCAUCUGACAUCAACAUUGAAGGCCCAGAUGCUAAAGUCAAAGCACCGUCAUUCAGCAUUUCUGCCCCUCAAGUCUCCAUCCCUGAUGUGAAUGUUAACUUGAAAGGACCAAAGAUAAAGGGUGAUGUCCCCAGUGUGGGACUGGAAGGACCAGACGUAGAUCUGCAAGGUCCAGAAUCGAAAAUUAAGUUCCCCAAGUUUUCGAUGCCCAAGAUCGGCGUCCCUGGUGUGAAGAUGGAGGGUGGGGGAGCUGAGGUCCAGCUGCCCUCUCUAGAAGGAGGCUUGAGCGCACCAGAUGUUAAGCUUGAAGGGCCCGAUGUGUCUCUGAAAGGGCCCAAAAUAGACUUGCCUUCAGUGAACCUCUCUGCGCCAAAAGUCUCUGGACCUGACCUUGACCUGAACUCGAAAGGACCAAGUUUGAAGGGAGGCCUGGAUGUAUCUGUUCCCAGCAUGAAGGUGCACGCUCCUGGGCUUGACCUCAGAGGUGUCGGUGGAAAGGUGAAGGUGGAAGGUGAUGGUAUGAAAGUGCCUGGAACUGAUGCCACAGCAAUGCUUGAUGUCGGUGCGCCAGAUGUGACCCUGAAGGGACCAAGCCUGCAGGGAGACCUGGCUGUCUCUGGUGACAUCAAGUGUCCUGAAGUAUCAGUAGGUGCUCCUGACCUAAGCUUGGAGGCACCUGAAGGUGGUGUCAAACUUCCUAAGAUGAAGCUGCCCCAGUUUGGCAUCUCCGCUCCAGGGUCCGACUUGGACAUCGGCGUCAAGGGGCCACAAGUCGCUGGAGAACUAAAGGGGCCCGGCAUAGAUUUGAACCUCAGAGGCCUGAACCUGAAAGGGCCUCAGAUCUCUGGCCCUCAAAUCUCAGCACCAGAUGUGGACUUGAAUUUGGAAGGACCAAAAGCAAAAGGCAGCCUCGGGGCCAGUGGUGACAUGAAAGGCCCCACAGUUGGAGGAGGUCUUCCGGGCAUCAGUGUUCAAGGCCUAGAAGGAAACCUCCAGACGCCUGGAAUUAAGUCAUCCAGAUGUGAGGUGGAGCUGCCAGGUGUGAAUGUGAAACUCCCAACCGGGCAUAUUUCUGGUCCUGAAAUCAAAGGUGAUCUGAAAGGUUCAGGAAUAGGUUUCGACGGGGCCCUUCCUGACAUUGGCAUGAAAGGGCCUUCCUUUAACGUGGCAUCUCCUGAGUCAGAUUUUGGUGUCAGCUUGAAAGGCCCGAAAAUCAAAGGAGGCAUGGAUGUUUCAGGGGGUGUCAGUGCCCCAGAUAUCAGCCUGGGUGAGGGGCAUGUGAGCGUCAAAGGUUCCGGCGGGGAGUGGAAAGGACCCCAGGUCUCCUCUGCUCUCAACCUGGAUGCACCUAAGUUUGCCGGAGGACUUCAUUUCUCAGGACCAAAGAUAGAAGGAGGUGUCAAAGGAGACCAGAUUGGACUUCAGGGUCCUGGGCUGAGUGUGUCUGAGCCUCAAGGUGACUUGGAAAGCGGAUCUGGAAAAGUAACAUUCCCCAAGAUGAAGAUCCCCAAGUUCACCUUCUCUGGCCGUGAGCUGGUUGGCAGAGAAGUAGGGGUGGAUAUUAACUUCCCUAAAGCGGAGGCCACUGUCCAGUCUGGUGCCGGAGAGGCCGAGUGGGAAGAGUCUGAUGUAAAACUUAAAAAGUCCAAAAUCAAAAUGCCCAAGUUCAACUUUUCCAAACCUAAAGGGAAACCUGGUGUCACCGGCUCACCGGAAGCGUCCAUUCCAGGGUCCAAAGGUGAGCUGAAGAGCUCCAAGGCCAGCCUAGGCUCUCUGGAAGGAGAGGCAGAAGUCGAAACGUCUUCGCCCAAAGGCAAAUUCUCCUUAUUCAAAAGCAAGAAGGCACAGCACCGCUCAAAUUCCUUCAGUGAAGAAAGGGAGCAUUCUGCAUCUUUUACCCCUCCGGGAACUUUGGAGUUCGAAGGUGGGGAAGUGUUGCUGGAAGGCGGGAAAGUCAAAGGGAAACAUGGGAAGCUGAAAUUUGGUACCUUUGGUGGAUUGGGGUCAAAGAGCAAAGGUCAUUAUGAGGUGACUGGGAGUGAUGAUGAGGCAGGCAAGUUACAGGGGAGUGGAGUGUCCUUGGCCUCUAAGAAGUCCCAACUGACAUCUUCUAGCAGUGACAGUGGGACUAAAGUUGGCAUCCAGCUUCCCGAGGUGGAGCUGACAGUUUCCACAAAGAAAGAGUAGCAGGCCUCUGUGUGUGUGUACAUAUAUGUAUAAAAAUACAUCAGCCUUGGGUGAGUUUGUAUAUAAACUCCAAAGAGAAACCCGCCGACAGCCUCAGCAGUAACGCAAACACCUGGCCUCUGGCAGGGGCGAGCGCUGAAAAGACAAGCGCCUAUAGGCUCCUCCUGGAGCUUUACAGAUAGGUCAAGAGUUCUAAGUUCUUCGUCCAGCCCGUGUGCAAAGUCAACAGUAUUUGCCUUAAGAUUUCAGGUUUUUGUUUUUGCAUUGAACGCUGAGAGCUCCUGUUUACUAAGCAAGCUUUUGUGUUUAUUAUCCUCAUUUUUACUGAACAUUGUUAGCGUUGGGGUCAUGGAAACCCACUUUUUCAUUGUAAUGACUUUUGGGGCUUCUGUUAGUCAGGGUGGGGGGUGGAGAAGGCAGUAGAGGGGGGCCAGACCUUCAUUUCUCCUGCCGACGGAUCUACUCAAACAGGAAACAUCCCAAGACGGCUGAGAGGAGCCGCCAGGCAGGGCGUGUGGGUGUUUCUAGAACUCUUUAGCGUUGCUUUUUCUUCCCCAGGGGUGGCGGUCCCAGCCCGUUUGGGGCUCACGAUGAGAGGGAAUUUAGAGUCUGUUUGCAAAUUAGCCAACCCACCGACUCGACACGAGGGCCUUCCAUUCUGUGUGUUGUAAGAGAAAUGUUUUCUUUGUGAUCGCCACGUUCCUGAUAUUAAUGCUGAUUUCUUUUAACAAAUGUUAUCGUGAUUAAGGAAAUUUCCAGCACUUUAAUGGCAAAUUAAUUGAGAAUGUAAGAAAAUUGAUGCUGUCAAGGGCAAAUAAAGCUGUUUAUUAACCCGA